UAUCUCUUUAUUCUACCUUCUCAUCGUCGUCUUUUGUUCUUCUUCUUGCACUGCCGAGUCCCCAACACACUUGUCUUCUGCAUAUUCCUUCCGAUACACGCCCCGGCCCCCUCCCCCCGUAUCAAUAUCCUUUCACCUACUACUCACUCUCUCUGUUUUCCUUCUACUUUACCCAUAGAUCCACUUAAAAUUCAAACCCUAAACCCCUCAAACGACGCCGUUUGAUUCAUCACCGAUCCAGGUUUUUGAUCCGAGAAUCCAAGCUGGAGCAGUUGAAGACAAUAGGUAGGGAGCUCGCAAUGGGCUCCCAAGGAGGAUUUGGACAGUCUAAAGAGUUUCUUGACCUAAUUAAAUCAAUUGGAGAAGCCCGAUCUAAAGCUGAAGAAGAUCGAAUCGUGAUUAGCGAGAUCGAAAUCCUCAAGAAACGAAUCAUAGAGCCUGAUAUACCUAAAAGGAAGAUGAAAGAGUAUAUAAUGCGACUAGUGUAUGUUGAAAUGUUAGGACACGAUGCAUCAUUUGGGUAUAUACAUGCUGUGAAAAUGACACACGAUGAUAAUUUGCAUCUUAAGCGUACUGGGUAUUUAGCUGUGACACUUUUUUUGAAUGAGGAUCAUGAUUUGAUAAUCUUGAUUGUGAAUACUAUUCAGAAAGACUUGAAAUCGGAUAAUUAUUUGGUUGUUUGCGCUGCAUUGAAUGCUGUUUGUAAGUUGAUUAAUGAGGAGACUAUUCCAGCUGUGUUGCCUCAGGUGGUGGAUUUAUUGGGACAUUCUAAAGAAGCUGUUAGGAAAAAGGCUGUUAUGGCACUUCACCGGUUUCACCAGAAAUCACCAUCAUCUGUUAACCAUCUUGUCUCCAAUUUCAGAAAGAGGCUAUGCGACAAUGACCCUGGUGUUAUGGGCUCUACGCUAUGUCCUCUCUAUGAUCUUAUCUCAGAAGAUGUUAAUUCUUAUAAGGAUUUGGUGGUCAGCUUUGUAAGCAUUCUAAAACAAGUAGCGGAACGGAGAUUGCCCAAGAGUUAUGAUUAUCAUCAGAUGCCUGCUCCAUUCAUUCAGAUCAAAUUAUUGAAAAUUCUGGCAUUACUUGGAAGCGGUGACAAAAAAGCCAGUGAACAAAUGUAUACAAUUGUUGGUGACAUUAUGAGAAAGAGUGAUUCGUCAAGUAAUAUAGGAAAUGCUAUUCUAUAUGAGUGCAUAUGCUGUGUUUCCUCAAUACAUCCUAACCCCAAGGUUUUAGAAACUGCGGCAGAAGCAGUUGCCAAAUUUUUGAAGAAUGAUAGCCAUAAUCUAAAGUACUUGGGGAUUGAUGCGCUUGGUAGAUUAAUAAAGAUAAGUUCAGAAAUUGCUGAGCAGCACCAACUGGCCGUGAUUGAUUGUUUAGAGGACCCAGAUGACACACUGAAGCGGAAGACUUUUGAACUGCUGUAUAAAAUGACAAAGCCAUCGAAUGUAGAAGUUAUUGUCGACCGUAUGAUUGAUUACAUGAUGAGUAUAAAUGAUAACCAUUCUAAAACUGAGAUAGCAUCCAGAUGUGUCGAACUUGCUGAGCAGUUUGCACCGAGCAAUCAAUGGUUUAUCCAGACCAUGAAUAAAGUGUUUGAGCACGCAGGAGAUCUAGUGAAUAUAAAGGUUGCCCACAACUUGAUGCGGCUGAUUGCUGAGGGAUUUGGAGAAGAAGAUGACACUGCAGAUAGCCAGCUGAGAUCAUCAGCUGUGGAGUCAUAUUUGAGUAUCAUGGGAGAGCCAAAACUUCCCUCUGCAUUUCUUCAGGUUAUUUGCUGGGUCUUGGGGGAGUAUGGUACUGCUGAUGGGAAGUAUUCUGCCUCUUAUAUCACAGGGAAAAUAAGUGAUAUUGCUGAGGCACAUUCUACUGAUGACACGGUCAAGGCAUAUGCAGUAUCAGCACUUAUGAAAGUAUAUUCAUUUGAAAUAGCAGCUGGGAGGAAAGUGGACAUGUUGCCUGAGUGUCAAUCAUUCAUUGAAGAGUUGUUAGCAUCAAACUCAACAGAUUUACAACAACGAGCAUAUGAACUUCAAUCGGUUGUUGGCUUAGAUGCUCGUGCUCUUGAAAAUAUUAUGCCAAUGGAUGCUAGCUGUAAAGACAUCGUGGUUGAUAGAGAACUAUCGUUUCUCAAUGGUUAUGUUGAAGAGUCACUGAAUAAGGGGGCUCAACCCUAUAUUCCUGAGAAUGAGCGAUCAGGAGCUUCAAGUAUCAGCAAUUUUAGAAUUGAAGAACAACAUGGGUCCUCGGGACAUUCUCUUAGAUUUGAAGCCUACGAGCUUCCAAAACCUUCUGUACCAUCAAGACCCCCAGUCCCACCAGUAUCCUCAACCGAACUUUUUCCUGUACCAGAACCAACUUAUCACAGAGAGUUUCAUGAAGCUGUUGCUCCAAAGAUGUCCGUGUCUGGUACAGGCUCAUCUGAAAUCAAGCUACGACUUGACGGUGUUCAAAAGAAGUGGGGUAAGCAAACUUAUUCCUCUUCUUCACCAUCUACUUCAGACUCCGAUAUCCAUAAGACUCAGAAUGGAGCGACCCAGCGUGAUGUACCAAGCAGCUUAAGCUCAAAAACACGUGAUGUAUCUUAUGAUUCAAGAAGGCAACAGGAGGAUAUUAAUCCGGAAAAGCAAAAACUUGCUGCAUCCCUCUUUGGCGGUGGAUCAAAAACUGAAAAAAGAUCAGCUUUUGGCCAAAAGGCAUCAAGGCCAAACAGCCAUACUGUAGACAAGUCUCAUGCAGAAAAGAGUGGACCUUCUGAUGGAGGUGCUGUAAAAGCAAGUCCCCAUCCACCUCCAGACUUGCUCGACAUGGGCGAACCAACUAGCAUUAGUAAUGCAACUUUUGUGGAUCCUUUCAAGCAAUUGGAAGGCUUGCUUGAUUUAAACGAAGGAACUACAGCUCCAGGUUCCAGUGGUGCUACUAAAGCACCUGAUUUUAUGUCUCUUUAUGGUGACACUUCCUUAAGUGUGCAGAAUAUGGGAACGGCAGAUCUCCUUUCAACUGGUAAUGGUGAUGCAAAUCUUAUCUCUGGAAUUUCACAUGCACCCGACAAGAAUGGCCAUGGGACAGGAAGUGCAGUUACUCUGUCAACCCAAUUAAGUAAGGGACCAAAUACUAAAGAGGCUUUGGAAAAAGAUGCACUUGUGAGGCAAAUGGGUGUGAACCCAACAAGUCAGAAUCCCAACUUAUUCAAGGAUUUACUUGGGUAAGGUACAUGGAAUGACUGCAUUUUGAAGUCUAUUGAAGCCCUUUUGGAGAGUGUAUGAUGGUUGAAUUAGAUUUUUGUUGCUGGAAAGGUACAAGUAUGUUUGAUGGCAAAGCUUACAACCGAAUACAAUUUGCAAGGGAACUAAUUGUUGUAUGAGCCUGUGGUAUAUUUUAUAGCAGUUGCAGGUGGGGAGUUCUAAGUUUAAAUGGUUUCAACUGGUAGGAAUAUGUGAGGCCUCUUUAGCUUUUCACCUUGAGGUUUACAGAGUAAGAGCUUGUCAAGUUUGGCGCAGUCACGACCAUGGAUUUCCAUGCGCUUCAAGUUUGUCAAGAGUUGUGUUUUAUGUGAAUUUUCUUUUUUAUCUUAUUGAAGACCAUUCAAUAUGUUUUUAUUUUGGAGGCAAACUGUGCUAUUUGGAGAGGUAUUGUACCCUUGUGUGAAUGUAAAGUAAUAAUCAUUUUUCAGGUUAAAUCGAUACUGGCUGUAUCAGUGGAAUCUGGAUACCAUGUAAAGGCAGCUAGUUUUGCAGAAACCUUUUUAUCUUUAAAUAAUCUGCAUAUGACUAUACAA